AAUUUUCUGCUUCUGCUGUUUGUCGCUGUCGUAGAUUCUUUCCAUCGAAUUUCAGUUUCAGUUCGGAAAAUAACUAAAUUGCCAACUUUAACGUUGUAUUUUGAAGGGAAAUAUCUUUAAAUUGAUUCUAAUUGUGUCUCCUUACCGUGUGAUUGAUUAAAAGUGUUAAAAUGACGGUGGACGGGGACGAGAAAGCGGCCCGGUUUCGCGUGUUCAUGGACAUAUCAAUAGGGGGCUUGCCUUCUGGCCGCUUGGUCUUCGAGUUGUUCAAUGACAUCGCUCCGAAAACUGCGGAGAAUUUCCGUGCGUUAUGCGCCGGAGACUUGGGUAUUGGGAAGAAUACCGGAAAACCGUUGACGUAUAAGGGCAUGUUAUUCCACAGAGUGGUGAAGGACUUCAUGAUCCAGGGUGGAGACUUCACCAAUGCCAAUGGAACUGGCGGGGAAUCUAUCUACGGUGGUACUUUUGAAGAUGAGACAUUUGAGCUGCAGCAUGAUCGGCCAUAUUUGUUGUCUAUGGCAAACAGGGGCAAAGACACAAAUGGUUCCCAAUUCUUUAUAACCACACAGCCGGCGCCGCAUCUCGACAAUGUGCACGUAGUGUUCGGUCACGUUAUCGGCGGCGCGACGCUGGUGCGGCAGCUGGAGGCGCUGCCCGUGGACCGCAACGCGCGGCCUCUGCAGGACGUCUGCGUCACCAACUGUGGACAGCUGGUCAGGCUCAGCGCAAAGAAACGUAAACAAGAGAAGGAACAAAAAGCUGAAAGCGAUGCUGAGUCUGAGCACUCUCAUAAGAAAGAUAAGAAGAAGAAGAAGGACAAGAAGGAGAAGAAGAAGAAGAGGCGCCACUCCGGCUCAGGAGAUGAGGACGAAGAACCGGAGGCACCUUCUCAUCCCCUCGUUUCCACUACCAAGAUAGACCCUAGAGAGAUACCUGAUGUCCCCACUAACAGGUUCCUCAUGAGAGGAGGAAGGGACCAAGAUGAUCAGAGGACUGACAGGAGGGAUCGCGAGAGGAUGAGGUAUCGUGAGAGAGAACAUCGCUCUUACACGCGCAGUGGGCGUGUCAUCAAGGGGCGGGGCGUCUUCCGUUACCGCACGCCGUCCCGCUCGCGGUCCCGCUCGCGCUCGGUGACGCCGCCGCACUGGCGGCAGGCGCAGCGACGCAUCAUCAAGCUGUCUGAGUUCGAGGAUCACAAAUCAAAACAUUUACAGCGCGCCGAGCAAGAGAGGGAGAAGGAACAACAAGAGUCUUCUAAGAAGAAAGAGAUUGAGAGGCAGCAAAGCCGUGAUGCUGAUGACGGUGGCAACACUCCAGUCAAUGACCCCGAGGAGAAAGAGGAAGGGGAAUGCGAUUCUACCAUUGACCGUUCUCGCCACGAGAAGAUAGAUUACAACGCCCUGGAUUUCGAAGAGGACAUUGAACAUGACGAGGAAUCGUCUAACAAACGCAAGACAGUGGAGAAGCCGGAGCGACGUCGCGACGCUCGGCGGCCGACGCCGGAAAACAGGGCCGACAUGCUGGCCAUGGCGCUGGGAGUCAACCCUAAGCAUGAUCAGCAGAGAGAUGCAGCAUUCAGCCGCGACACUCGUGACGCCCGCGAGGCGCCGCGUCGUCGCGAGGGCCUGUCGUCCACCGUGGGCUACGCGGCCCCCAAGCUGUCCUCGGCCGUCGCCAACGUGUCGGAAGGCCUCGCGAAGGGACAUCAUGAGGAUAAGGCUAAGGAUGACUACGAUCCAUUCAGUCUGUUGAGGAGCACGUUUAAUAGGGGCGAGAAGAAGGAGCAAAAGAAAGAACCGGAGCGUCCAGAUCGCCGCGAAGCUGUAAAAUCACGUUUAGGAGAAAAGGAGAAGGAAAAAGAAAAAGAUGACAGACGCGAUCGCUUCAGAUCUGAAAAAGACGACAGGGAUCGCAAGCAUUCGGAACAAAGAAACGACAAGGAGGACAGAGGUCGCAAACCUUCAGAGGCUAAGAACGAAAAAGAUGAAAGAUCUCGUAAACCAGACAAUAAAGAUAAAGAAGAAAGACUUAGGAAACUGUCUGAAAUGUCAGAACCUAGGAACGAAAAAGAGGAAAGACAGCGUAAAAACUCUGAACAGAAGAAUGAAAAGGACGAUGAUAAUAAGAGAAGUGAAAGAGACCGUAAGAAUUCUGAGCAGAGGAAUGAGAAAGAUGAUAGGGUUCGUAAGCAUUCGGAGCAGAGAAGUGAGAGGGAAGAUAGAGAUCGUAAACAUUCGGAUUACAGGAGGAAUGACCGCCAGAGGAGAGAGAGAUCUGAGCAGAGAGACAAGAGCAAGGAACGCGGGAGAAGUGAGAAGAGUAGAGAUGAUGAUAGGAGUAAGGCUAGAGAUGACGAUAAGGAUAAGAAGAGGAGACGGUCGCGUACGCCGUCGCCGGCUAAAGAGAGAUCCAAGUCCCGCGACCGCAAGCAAUCAGUGACUGAGACGAGAGAGAAGAGUGGUGAACGCACACCACAGGACGACGACAAGAAGAAGGUAGGUCAAGAAGAUGAACGUAACGAGGCUCGCAAGGAGUUGAUGGAGAUAGUGCGCCUCAUCAAGUCCAGACAGCGUGACAGGGAGAAUAAACAGGCGGCUGUUCAAGCGAAGAAGAAGCGCGAAUCAUCAGACUCGGACAGUUCUGACUCGGAGCACGAGAAGAGACGGCGACGCUCCUCAGACAGGGACCGCAGGAGACGGAGUAGCUCCAGAGGUCGUCAGUCGAGCUCUGAGCGUCGGCCGCGCAGACGCCGCUCGCGCUCCCCGCGCCGCGAGCGACGCGACCGGCGCCGCUCAUCCUCCGACCGCUAAACAUUACUAUUAUACGUCAUCAUCUUCAUCUCCCGAGCCUUUGCCCGACUAUGUUGAGGUCGGCUUCCAGUCUAACCAGAUGCGGCUGAGUAUCAGUGUUUUACAAGGAGCGACUGCCCUGCCUGACCUCCUCAACCCAGUUACCCGGGCAACCCGAUACCCCUUGUUAGACUGGUGUUAUCAUUAUAUCCGUCAGUGGCAAAAAGGUCUAUUAAAGUUGAAGCUUCUAUAAAUCUAUUGAUGACUUUUUCUUUGUCAACAAGAUAAAAAAAUGUUAGUAAUAGAUUUGACGAAGCUUUAAUUUUAAGGGAUCUUUGUGCAACUGGCGGUCUGUACUCUAGGUUAUAGUGAACAUUAUUUUAUAUCGACUAGUGGACUACUGGACUGCAAGUGCGAGUAAAAUUAAAGAAAUAAAUUGAUUUUUGGGUAGUAUGUGAGCUGAAAAGGUCAAUAAUAAAAUAUUACUGGCUAUUUCAUGUAACGAGUUUAGCUGUCACAAAUGGCCUUUGCUUUAUGACUCCAUACUUUAUUUAAAAAAAAAUGUCUGGUUAGCGCAUUUUGAGAGUGAAAAUUAUUGGUUUUAAAGAUCGAUU